CGGCGGCCGCAGGAGGGUGCUGCGGGGAGCGGCCCGGCGCGGUGCGGUGCGGUGCGGGCGCUGCCGCAGAAGAUGUCGGCGGGGCGGUGGCUGCCGGCGUGGUGGUGGCUGCCGGCGCUGCUGUGGGGCGGCGCGGGGGGCUACGUGGUGGUCAGCUCGGUGUCCUGGCCCCUGCCCGAGGCGGGGACGGCGGCGGACGAGCUGCACAGCUCCUCCACCGAAGAAGCGCUCCCCGCGCUGCUGGAGGAAGCGGGCGGCCUCUGGAAGCAGAGCUACCCGGCCUCGGCUUACCAGGAGGACGCGGCCCUGGGCUCCGGGCCGGCGGCGCGGCGGUCGGGGCAGGGGGCCGCCCCCUCCAGGAUGUUCUCCUACCGACGGGAGGGCGGUGGGGCGCCGGGCCGCGCCGGGACCGCCCGCUUCCUCGCCCGCUACAACACCUGGGGCUUCGUGGCUACGCGGGCCGCGCAAAGAAAGAUCCAGGGUAUGCCCUAUGGGAACUGUUUACUUCUCAGUGACGGCCCUGUCAAUAACAGCACUGGAAUCCCUUUCUUUUACGUGACGCCAAAGGAUAACACUGUGGCAGAUCUCCUGAAGAAUCCCAUGGCUUCUCUGACCCUGCCAGAGGCAGACGGCAAUUUCUGCAGAAAAAAUGUAAUUGAUCCGGAGGAUCCAAGGUGCGCCAGGCUGACUCUCACGGGACAGAUGGUCACGGUGCCUCCGAAGGAAGUGGAAUUUGCCAAGCAAGCAAUGUUUUCCAGGCACCCAGUGGUAAGAAAGUGGCCUCGCAGCUAUGAGUGGUUCUUCAUGAAAAUGAACAUUGAGCAUAUCUGGCUUCAAAGUUGGUAUGGAGAAGUUUCUGCCAUUGCAGUAGAAGAGUAUUUAAGAGCAGUUCCAAGUAAAGGAUGAUUGAAUGGGCUUUGAGAUAGAGUUCUUCUGAGUUUCCUUUCUAAACACUUUUAAAUUUCAUGCUGGAUGGUUACUUUACAGUGAUUUUUUUUUCCCCCAAAAGCCUUCAAAAUAGCCCUGUCUUACAUGGAGCAGAGUGAAAAUAAACCAACACAGACUUUCAAAUUAUAGAGGAGAGGUGGAUACUAGCCCUACCCUGCAAUGUACAAACGUGUCAUUUCAAACGGGCAAUGCAUCAUCUUCAAUGCUGCUGAAAAAUGCUUUGUAUCUAUUUGUUUUGACUUUUAUUGCUAUGCACCCACAGCGAAACUACAGGAUGUGCUAAAUAUAAUGUUCUGAUUUACAGAAAAAGCAAAUCGCCUACUCAGAAACCUCUAUGCAUUGUGGAGGUAUUACUGCUGCUUGCUCUCCCUUGAUUUGUAAGUACUCUAAGAUAAACUUAAUAGAUGCAAAUUUAGAUAUUUAAGUUUUAAAAAAAUGUUUUCCUAAAGCUGUCCUCAUUUGCUAACUCGUAUUUUCUACAUGUGCUUUCCCCUAAUUAUCCAAUUUGAUAUUUCACUUGGAAAUUGAGUAGAAAUUCUUUUAGUAGAAAAAAUGCAAGCAGCUCAAGUAACACAGCUCCAGUAUAACUUGUCUCUCACUGACACAAAGCUGGUUAAACACGUUAAGGGUCCAAACCAAAUCAGCCCCAUAAGGAUUAUCCCAGUACAAGUAUAAACAUUCUCCUAAGAAGAAUUUAAGCAAACGUUCUUGGCUAGCCUGUUCCUGUUAUGAGGCAGGAAAAGUCUUUUUAAUAGCCUGUAGUCUCAAUUUUUUUUGCAUCCCUUCUCCAGCCACCGCUUUAUUUUUAACUCAUUUCUGCAAAUGAUUUUUGUAAACCAUCACUAAGUCAUCUAGGGGUGGAGCCAAUCCCUUAACUCUCUUUCCUCACGGAGUUUUAAAGGGCUUGUUCUGCAUUUAAAGAAGCCCAAAGAUAGGUAGAUAUUUCAGGCCAUGAAAUUCAUUUUCCUAGCGUGGAAAGCGCAAACUUUGUCCCAAACACGUUAUGAAUAGGCAUCUCAUGUGAUAACACCAGAAGAGUUCAAAGGUGUUUUAUUCACCGUCAGCCCUUUCUCUAAAUGUCCUGGUAAACUUAUUCUGCAGUUCCUAAGGGUAUCACAGUAAGAAAUGUCCCGCGGUGGCUAACCAGCCAAGUCAUUACACAGUUUGCAAACUGUACGGCUGUUCUCCCUGUUCCAUUAAGAAAGAGGCACACUGAGAUGGGCUUUCUGUGCCCAUGGAGAAGGUCUUCCAGCAUCCCUGGGAGGGCACCUGGGCUCUGGACGCCAGCCUGCGCCACCGCUGAGCUGAGGAGGAGCCUGGGUCCCUGGGCGAGUGACCUGAGCUUGCACAGGUUAAUCCCCGGGCAGAGCUCAGAGGCGGCUGCAUGAGCUGUGACCAGCUGGAAGCCAAUUAAAUGUAGCUGAGCUUAUUUUCAUUCAGGCACGGAGAAGAGGGAGUCAUUCCCGGAGCGGAGCUGGGCACCAUGCUGGUUUAACUACCAGGGGCUGCUUAGCCCUUGGGCAAGUUCAAGGCUCCGGGCAUCACCGCCAUUCCUGAUAUUCUGUAAGAAUCAAAUGCAGGGGAAAAACUUUGUUUUGACACUUACAAGCAUUUUUUUGCUCUUGUCUCAUUGCCAGGGACUGUUAGCAGUGCAGAUCUUUUGCAGAGGUAAUUACGCAAAAGGAGGAAGUGUCCUGCCUGAAGCCAUUUGCUUUUUUUUUUUCUCUUGGCAGAUGAGCAACAUUUUCCCAUUUGAGUUUGCCCCUGAAUCUUGCACUGCGUAGUACUGAAGCAAAAUGACCCAUCCUGUACAGAUUUACAGAAUGCCAUCAUGUGAAAUCCUCCUCGAUUUGUAUCAUUUUGCCAUGGAGAGCUUUGUCCUUUAUGGAUUUGAUACUUUACCCGUUAGGAUUAAUGGGACUCUUAAAACUAAGCUUUUAACCCAAAGAGUGUUACAGAGAUAUAAUAAAAUCAUAGUUCCUUGAGACUGUAAAGGGUCUGAUCUUGCUUCAGUUCAAGUCAAUAGCAAAAAUCCUAUUUAUUUUUUGUGCUUUAAUUAUUAAAUCAAAUAAGCAUUUUUAUAACAGGUCUUGAUAAGCCCUUAUGAAUUUACUAAGCAUUUAAACUAGUUGAUGAGUAAUUUAUUUCCAUGCAUUCUGUAUUUUAGUUAUUUCUGUAGCUUCCCUCAAAAAGCUUGUUGUGCAAUGUGUAUUAUUUAAGACUUUAACUGUGGUUUUGCAAUAUUUGAGAGAUGCACUUAGUCAUGUCUGUAUACUUGCUGAAAAAAGACAAAAGUUCUGAACUUGGGUUCUCACUUUUUGCUAAUUUGUGCAAACAUAAUGCAUGUACAGGAUUUAAGCACAGCUAGUUUGAACUGCUGCUCGUAUUUAACCAAAGAACGCUCUGUUUCUGAUGAAAUUUUCAUCAACUCAGUGGAUGAAAUGCAACCUGUCUUGUUUCUGGAUGUGUACUGCAAUUUGCAAUGUAUUUUGAUUUCUAAAGAUACUGAAUGUUAACAAAAUGCCUAUUGAGAAGAAAUGCAAAUAAAACAAAUUCCAAAGUAGAAA